AAAACUGAAGGCUAGAAAGAUUAAUUAACAUGUCCAAGAUCAUACAAGUAGCAAAUUAAGAGAGCCAAAUUUUGAACUGGGGUCUUCUACUUUCAUCCCUCUUUCCACUGUACCUUCAGUAGCAAAUUCUGUGCUAGCAAAGGCUGGCACAAAACAUUUCACUCUAAGUUUAUAGUCUAAAUUAAGAUUAAAUUUAUUCAUUUUAUCUCUGAAAUUUUUAUUUUAAAGACUAAUCCUUGUUAUAAAUGACUUAAAACUCUAUAUCUAUGUAUGAAAAUAAGUAAAUCGGGGGAUUAAGAAAGUGAGACAGGAAACAGAGACCAACCCAGGAGGCAAACGUUUACCAUGAUCACUAAAACUCACUUGCUUACUUAUUUGCUCCCUAUAAAUAAGGAGGGCUGACAGGGAACAGCUAGCAGUAUGCAGGGCUUCUUCUUGCUUCCAGGCAAUACCAUCAACUGCCAACUCUGUUCCAUUGCCAUCUUGCCAUAUCCAUUGGUGUGGUAACCCAGCAACUAUUCAUAGAAAAUGAGUGAAUUUGAUUUGCUUUCCAUACUUUCAGGGCUGAGUCUGAUUUUGAUUUUAAUUCUAAAUAUAAAACUCACUCUGACUAAGAGUUUCAAGAGAUAUUCUCCUCCAGGACCGAGACCUUUGCCAAUCAUUGGAAACCUGCACAUACUUAAUCUGAAGAAGCCUUACCAAACCAUGCAACAGCUCUCCCAAAAAUAUGGCAACAUCUUCAGCUUGAGGAUGGGUCCCAAGAAGGUAGUGGUGCUAUCUGGAUAUGAGACAGUAAAAGAUGCACUGGUAAACCACUCUGAGGAGUUUGGAGAGAGGGCCCAUGUGCCUAUUUUUGAAAAAAUUUUUGAAGGAAAAGGAAUCGUCUUUUCUCAUGGUGAAAACUGGAAAAUCAUUAGGAGAUUCAGCUUGACGACUCUGAGAAACUUUGGCAUGGGCAAGAGAGUCAUAGAGGAGAGAAUUAUGGAAGAAUGUCAACAUCUAAUACAAGUCAUUGAGUCCUAUCAAAGGAAGCCAUUUGAGACCAAGACAAUCAUGAAUGCUUCUGUAGCGAAUAUCAUUGUGUCAGUCCUGCUUGGGAAGAGGUUUGACUACCAAGAUCCUCAGUUCCUGAGACUUCUAUAUUUGAUUGGCGAAAAUGUGAGACUUAUAGGAGGUCCUAGCAUUAUGCUUUUCAAUAUGUUCCCAGCCUUGGGGUUUGUUCUACAAGAUCAUAAAACAGUACUCAAGAAUAGAGAUGAAUUGUUUUCUUUUGUAAGGAUGACUUUCUUAGACCAUCUUCAAAAACUGGAUAAAAAUGACCAAAGAAGUUUCAUCGAUGCCUUUCUUAUCAGACGACAGGAGGAAAAAAAUAAAUCUGAUGACUGCUUCAGCAAUGAUAACUUGGUGGCCCUUGUUACUAACCUGUUUGUUGCGGGAACAGAGACUACCUCCACUACCCUACGUUGGGGAAUUCUACUCAUGAUGAAAUAUCCUGAGAUCCAGAAAAAAGUCCAAAAUGAGAUCAUCAAAGUUAUAGGAUCAGCCCAGCCUAGAAUGGAACAUCGAGCUCAAAUGCCAUAUACAGAUGCUGUCAUCCAUGAAAUUCAGAGAUUUUCUAGUAUACUGCCAAUGAGUGUGUCCCGUGAAACUACCACAGAUGUCAUCUUUAAAAAUUAUUACAUUCCAAAGGGAACUGAGACCAUUAUCUUAUUAACCUCAGUACUUCAAGACCAAACCCAGUGGGAAAAACCUCACACCUUCAAUCCCCAGCAUUUCCUCAAUGUGGAAGGAAAAUUUGUCAAGAGAGGUGCCUUCCUUCCUUUUUCAGCAGGUCAAAGGAUGUGUGCAGGAGAGUCCCUAGUCAAAAUGGAGCUAUUCCUGUUUUUUACCAGUCUCCUUCAAAAAUUCACUUUCCACCCAUCUCCUGGAGUCUCUACUAUGGAUCUGGAUAUCACUGCAGACAGUGGAUUCACAUCACGGCCAAAACCCCACAAGAUCUGUGCUGUGCCAUAUUCCUAGGAGUCUUUCUUGGACUCCUUCAAAUGGCUCCUGGUUUUUUUUGUUUUGUUUUGUUUUGUUUUGUUUUUUCUUCUCUGUGCUGCCUUCCCUUCUUCUGCUAUAGUGAGUGAUGGGUCAAAUGACCUUUGAAUCUCAUUUGUCUAUAGCAUCAUCUGGUUUAGACACUCCUUUUGGUCCACCAAAAGGAUUUUCUCAUCUAGUCAUCUCUUUCUAGUUGAGGUAUGAUGAAACUUUUCUGAUGCAUCUGUCUCUGAGGUUCAUAUCAGAGGCAAAGCAGUAAAAGCAAAAGCCCAGAGCAUUAGCUGUUCAAGUAGUCACUUAUUGCUUCAGAUUUUUUUGGUUUGUUUCAAAGAUAGAAGUUUUCAAAUUACUCCCAAAUAUCAGAAAAGUUUCCUGGAAUCAAAUCCUUCGAUGGUCACACAAAGAUAACUGAAUCACACUCUGCCCUUGAUAGACCCACAAACAUCUCCAAAUAUACGUUGUUGAAAGAAAUCCACUUUCAAAUGUGGAUUAUACCAUUCAUUAGACACAGCUCAUUGGACUUAUUACUAUAAGUAAUGAAGGAUAAAGAACUAUCAGUCUUUGUGAUGAAAGUAUUGCCUUGAUCUGCAAAAUUUACUAAUUAUACAAACACCAAUAAUUAUUAUUACUACAUACAAGAGGUGUAUUGAAUCACUUAACAUGUCCCAAAUUUCUAUCUACCUUCCAACUAAAUUUCUCUACUUAUAUAUUACUUCAAAUCCAGCGUAGUCCAAGAAAAAUUUUGAAAUAAUGUCAAUAAGCAAAAAAUUAUCUUUCUUGACUUCCAAUUUAAUUAAGUAAAACUGCAUGAAGAAAUAAAAAGGGGAGUGGGGUGGGGAAGGCAAAGAGACAGACAGAGACAGAGAUAGAGAGAGAGGUGGGGGAGAGGGAGAGAGAAAUAAGCUAACCUCUUUUCAAAGAUAAUCUCUUUAGAGAACAAAAACCAGAUCCUUAGCAUUUGCUAUAGGCAUGUAAUCUGAACUCAUCACUAUGAGUUGCUCAACUCCUUUUUUUGGACACUUUCAAAAUCCAUUUCUUUUUGUUUUUUCUACAUACAUACAAAAUUCAACAUGUCUCCACUCAUCACAAUUAUUAUAGUGUUAUUAAAUCAUUUAAAUUUUGAUCAGGUAUCAUUUGAGCCCUAAAAAUAUGAAAUUAAGAUGAUUAACCAGAAGCUAUACCACCCCAAAAUGCUUCUGUCCCUCCACCCCCAAUUACCAUUUACUUAUCAGGCAGAUAUUUUGACUCACUAUUUUUCUUAAAGGAUAUAAACUGGUGAUCAUAAUUAUAAUGACAUUUUUAUAGUGCCAAAGCACUUUACAGGUAUUCUCUUAUUUGUUCCUCAUACCAACCUUAGAAGUAGGUGUUUAAUGAUCAUUAUUUGUUGAUAGAUAAGAAACUGAGAUUCAAAGAGUUUAAAUAACUUGCAGGUGGCUCUAGAACUGAAUGUCUGAUGAAGAAUCUGAUUAAGCCCCAGACUGGAUUUUCUAGUUUAUAACUCAGUCUUUGCCUUUGUACAAAUUGCCAAUAAUGAUUCUCUUGAAAAUAGUGCAGAUGCUCCAAAAUACAACUUUGAAGAUGGAAUAAGUAUAGUUUUUACAUUCAACCUUGAGAAUUGGAGAUUAAAUUUCCAUUAAUAGUCUAUUUUGCAAGUAAGUAUCUGAAUGUAAGAUUUCAUUGGAGAUCAUUUUGGCUAUAUCUUAAAUCCUUCAAAUCCAAACUUAGACACUCUUAAAUUCUUCCUCUUUCCAAAGUCAUUCAAAUGGUUUACUACUACUUUCUUCACCUACAAAAAUUAAUGUGCCUGUGUAGUUUGUUCCUUUGUACACUGUUCAAUGAAAUGUAAUUACAAAGAUAACAAGGUGUUUAACAGUUAUAAGCAUUUGUUUCUUAUCUAAAAAUUCAAAUGACUACUACACCUCACCUAUUUUCUUUUCCCCAAAAUCCCCAGUGCUGCUCUGGCAAGAUAUGACUCACCUGUGGGAAGGUAUAUGGAAAUUUUCUUUCUUCAAUAAACUUGCAACUUUUCCCUGACCAAAGUUUCUGAGUCUGUGCCAUUCUAUGCAGUUAUCAGUCAAGGAGUAGCACCUUCAAUGUGCCGAACACUGUAUUAAAGUCUGUGGCAUUAUGCUUUCAUUUCCUCAUCUCCAAGCUCUGGGGCACUAUACUUUAGUUAAUCAUAAACUAUUAUUUAUGAGAUAGGUUCACCUCUAGACUGACAUAAUCCUUACAUUUG